GCACAAAUUGCAUUGCGGCAAAUGCAAUUGUCGACUGGCAAGCUGUGUCGCUCCGAUCGCGGCACAAAAGUAUAAAAGCAUUUGAUUUUAUUUGGUUAGCCACAACAGUUUUUUGACGAGCCUUCAAGUGAAGACGAUCUCAAUUUUUAAGCGCGAGCAAGUGUCGUAUACGGUUUAGCCAAGAAAAGCUGCACGAGUUCUAGAAAUCUAAUAAAAACGCUCCUUGAAGUAAUAAAGAUCAUGAAGACAUCAUUCCUGUUGUUCGCUGCCACCGUUUUGGCAACACUCGCAUUCAUUGGCAGUGUUGAUGCACAACGCGGUUUGCCGCUACCACAGGCGCGCGGUUACGAAGCUAACGCCGUCAUUCUGAAGCAGGGCUUCGAUCUGAAUCCCGAUGGCUCUUACACAUACAACUAUGAGACAAGUAACGGCAUACGCGCGGACGAGGCGGGCUACUUGAAGAAUCCGGGUACACAAGUGGAAGCGCAGGUGAUGCAAGGAUCUUACUCAUACACUGGUCCGGAUGGCAUCACCUACACAAUCACUUACAUCGCCGAUGAGAAUGGUUAUCGCGCUGAGGGUGCACACAUACCAACACCACCCCCACCACGCGCUGGUGGCAGGUUCUUCAAAUAAAUUCACACAGAUUUUUGAAUCAAUCCCUAAAUCAAUAACAUCAUUACUUACAUACAUACGUACGAGUUCAUACAAGUAAGACGUGAUCAAUGCUAAUUAACGUGAUAUUUUGCAACAACCACAAUGAUACAACUCACAGCCUUAAAACACACUUAACUUAACUUAAAACCAGAAGCAACAACACAUCGUACAUGAAUAACGAAGAACAAGAAAAAGGCGAAAAAUCCUAGAAACAGCAAGAAACAAACGGCAAACUGUGGCAACGUCGAGCAGCCGAGCUUAGCUAUAAACGAGGCUAAUAAUAAGCUUACACCUACAUACAAGUAUAUACAACUAAUAUCGGGAACGAGGACAUAUAGGCCUAUUAUUGUUGUUGAGAUCUAUUAAGACGACCUCGUGUGCAGAACUUUUCAUAUGACCGCCCACACAUUAUCUUCUUACAAACAUGCACACACGGAUAUAUCUUUACUCAUUUAUUUUUUCACACUUUUUCUAUAUUUAUCUAACAAGUUAACCGGUAGUUUAUUGAUAAUUAAUCUAUAACAUGGUUUGUGCUCUCUAAUCCCUUCUUAAACUUUUCUAACCUCACUUUUGUACUUUCACCUUAUUUCUUAUGUCCACAUUCCGUCCUUACGCGCGCUACCAACUACCAAUGUAGCGGUGUUCGUUGGCAACCUCCAUAUAUUUUCCACUUAACCCUUGAGCGCCAACGCACGCUGUUCCAUCAUGAAAGUUAAAAUACCUACUCAUGUACCUUAUCUCCAGAAACAUACAUACAUACAUAACGAUUAUAUGUUUGGUAAUUUAAAUGCUAUUUUAUAUAUAUUUUUUUGUUGUAGUAUUUAAGCAAUUUAUGUAUUUUGAAUAUUUACGAAUAUUUGCUAAAACCGUGAGUGAUUACAACAAAUUUUCGAUUUCUUGUAAGUACAGCAAUCAGGCAAUAAAUAAAUUGCGUAAAAACUCA